GCAGAGUUGUCCGUUAGCUGCAAGAUGGACGAUCUUCGAGAGAGAUCACAAAUGAUGAGAAUUUGCGCAUUGAGGUGCGGCAACGGGAAAUAAUUUUAAACGGUAUCUGGGAACACCAGUUUUUCACAUUUGACUCAAGUUUUUGAGUCUUCUGCUCACGUUCAACUGGCACGAAGAGGAUUGAUGAAAUGUCAUGCAACGCGUGUCAAACAAAAUUCACCUUCUUUACUCGAGAGCAUGGUUGUCCAAGUUGCCAUUUUUCCUACUGCGCCAAGUGUCUCAGGUACAAAUUUGACCUGCCAGAUAUUGGCAGCACAAAAAUAUGCGGCAAGUGCUAUUAUCGUUUGAAAGACGGGGUGGAGAACAAGGCAGAGGAGAAGGUUCAGUCUGAAAAUUUAAAACCUCAACUCUCAACACCGUCUGAGGGACAACCGUUGUCCGUCGAGCAAGUUGCUCCAAUAGAUAUUACUCAGAAAUUAAAUUCGCUUGAAAAUCCGUCCAAACCACCGAUUGUUUUGUACAAAAAGGAGAUUGGACGAUGGGAUCGCCUGAAGUCUGGACUAGAUCCAGCGGAUCAGAAUAUGGUUGAUCGACUUAGGAAAUUGAAAGAUGAGGACAAACCUGUGCCUCAAACUAGCUUGGAGGAGAUUAGAAGAAGGCUUGCUCUGCUCAAGGAUCAAGACCCUAAUAAUCCUGUUCCUCAAACUAAUAUCCAUUCAGUGGAUACGAGGUCGGAUGAACAAAAGACUGCAGAUUUGAUAAAUGAGUAUUUGGAGGAACUUAAGCUGUCUUCGGAUGUAAAUUCGGAUGCACAGAUCGAGGACAGGCUUGCCAGAUUGAGAGGAAUAGAUCCUGCGCAAAUUCGCAAGAACAAACCUGAGGACAUUGAGGAAGAUGAGCAAACAGCCACUAAAAGAAUUCUUAAAAAAGCUUUGGAUGAGGCCGCGAUAGAGUCGAAAUUUGCCGAACUAGAUGACCUAGAGCCUAUGGAUACUGAUCCAGCUGAAGAGGAAGAAGAGUUACCCUGGUGUACAAUUUGCAAUGAAGAUGCGCAGCUCCGCUGCACGGGAUGCGACGGUGAUUUGUACUGUACAUCGUGCUUUCGGGAAGGGCAUGACUCGUUUGAAAUGGUCGAUCAUCAGAGUGUGCCUUUUACGCCACGGAAAAAAGUCAAAAAAGUUGAUGAUUGAUGGAUUAAUUCGCUAAAAAUAUCGGUAUUACUGGUACUUUGCAAUUUACAUGCAAGAGAUAUUGGUUUUCUCAAAUUAUUUCAAGCUUUCUCCCGCAUAGAAAAAUAUUCUAAUCAUCACAUAGACUCAACUACCAGCUUUUGACUUACGAUUCGUAAACAGUUGUGCAAUUGAUCUAAGGUAUUAAAAAAAAUUAUACGCAUAUAUUUAUACAAAUACACAUAAUUAUAUUUAUAUAAUUUUAUACAUAUGUGUUUUAACACUUUUUCAAUGUAGUUUUUAUUUUUGCUUCUGCUAUUCGCGGUUGCAAUGAAGUACACAUACCUUUUAUUUGCAUAUUUAUUUAUACAUAUGUAUACAUAAUGUGAUAUCUGUGACAUCAGUUUUUAGGGUGGCUGCCUGUAUUUUCAAGAAUAUAUUAUGUUUCAACCUCUA